AUGAAAAGCUUAUACGAUUUCAUCCAAGACAAACUCGAAAUUGAGUUAGAAACCAACAUUACUUACGAAGAAAAUAUAGAGUCUGGUCAAUUCAAUGGUCUCGAUGAAAUUCUAACUACAUGCUUUAUACUGCAAAAUUCGAGGAAAAUAGCACUACCGUCCGUUUCUGGCGAUUUGAAUCACAAGGCCAUUAUAGAUCACUGCAUCGUCUAUCUUUUGACGGGAGAAUUUUUCAACAAUGUUCUAACAUUUGGUUAUAAAAUAGCUAAAAAUGAAGAUGUCGACAAUAGCCUUUUUUGCCAUUCAACAAAUGUCAGCGUUACAUUAUUGAAGGGAACGGCCUGGAAAAUGCUCCAUAAUUUGAUUGGUACGAAUGCGUUCGUUGAUAUGCUGAUAAAUCAUACAGUAAUUCAAUUCAACGGGCAUUUUUUUACUCAAAUCAUAGGUAAUAGGUGUAACGAGCCUCAUCUACCGCCCAAAUGGGCUCAAAGAUCGUCCCCAUCAUCAGGAAGUAUCGCACAAAUCGAACCAGUGAUGGAACCAGUGACAAAUAAACCAUUUUUGCAUAAGCUGAAAUUAAACUGUCCUUUUAUUUUCCCUUACAAAACGAUUCUUUCGUUAUCUUCAUCUAUCGAAAAGCUAAUUGAAUUAAGAGAAAAUAUCUUCCCCUCAUAUCUGGUUAAGAUACCUCAGAAACUAGAGGUACAGAUUAAUUUGACCCUGCAAAAAUUGUUAAUCAGGCACAAACGCUUGAGUUACGUGUCCAUUUUGAAUGGCAUUUGUCCACGAUUGAAAGAAACCACAUCAGAGUUGCCGCAUUUGAGCAGGCAAUCACCAAAGGAAGAAGUCUUGAAAUUUGUAAUUGUUAUUUUACAGAAAUUAUUACCUCAAGAAAUGUUUGGGUCAAAGAAGAAUAAAUGCAAAAUUAUUAAGAAUCUAAACUCUCUUCUAAGUUUGCCCUUGAAUGGCUAUUUACCAUUCGAUAGUUUAUUAAAAAAAUUAAAGUUUAAAGACUUUCGAUGGUUGAUGGUCUCUACUAUUUCAUUCACCAGGCAGAACUUUGAAAACUUAAACCAAAUGGUGAUCUGUUUUGUUUCCUGGCUGUUUAGGCAAUUACUUCCGAAAGUUAUACAAACUUUUUUUUAUUGCACCGAAAUAUCUUCUACAGUGAAGAUUGUUUAUUUUAGGCAUGAUGUUUGGAAUGGACUUGUAAGCCCAUUUCUUACAGGAUAUUUCAAGAGAUACCUGGUAGAAAACAACGUUUGUAGAAACCAUAAUAGUUAUACCCUGUCCAAUUUCAACCAUAGCAGAAUGAGAGUCAUACCAAAGAAAAGUAACAAUGAGUUUCGGAUUAUCGCCAUUCCUUGUGGAGGGGCAGAUGACGAAGAAUAUAUGAUUUAUAAGGAAAAUCACAAGAAUGCUGUAGCACCCACUCAAAAAAUACUCGAGUAUUUAAGGAACAAAAGACUAACUAGUUUCACUAAGAUCUACUCUCCGACGCAAAUAGCUGACCGUAUCAAAAAAUUUAAGCUAAGCCUUUUGAAGAAAUUCAAUAAUGUUUUACCAGAAUUAUAUUUUAUGAAGUUUGAUGUCGAGUCUUGUUAUGACUCCAUACCAAGAAUUGAAUGUAUGAGAAUAAUAAAAAGGGCACUGAAAAGUGAGAAUGGGUUUUUUGUAAGAUCACAAUAUAUUUCUAACACUAAUACAGGUGCAUUGAAGUUAGUCAAUGUAGUCAACGCUAGUAGAACACCAAAACCUUAUGAACUGUACAUAGACAACGUAAGAACAGUUCAUUUAUCAAAUCAGGAUGUAAUAAACGUAAUAGAAAUGGAAAUAUUUAAGACGGCUUUAUGGGUUCAAGAUAAAUGUUACUUGAGAGAAGAAGGGCUCUUUCAAGGCUCCUGUUUAUCUGCACCGAUUGUAGAUCUAGUGUAUGACGACCUUUUAGAGUUUUAUGACGAGUUUAAAUCGAGUUCCAACCAGGACACAUUAAUUUUAAAAUUGGCAGAUGAUUUCCUCAUAAUUUCAACAGACCAGCAACAAAUAAUAAACGUCAAAAAGCUUGCCAUGGGUGGAUUUGAGAAAUAUAAUGCUAAAGUUAAUAGAGAUAAGAUUUUAUCUGUAUGCUCCCCAUCGGAUAGCGGUACAGUUAUUCAAUUUUGUGCAAUGUAUAUAUCCAUAAAAAAUUUGGAAGUCUGGAAACAUUCAAGCACAAUGAAUAUUUUCAAUAUUCAUUCGAGUUCUAGCAAAAAAAUAUUUCGGAGUUUAAUAGCACUAUUUAACACAAGACUUUCCUAUAAAACAAUUGACCCUGAUUUGAACUCAAUAACUACAGUUCUCAUGCAGAUUCAUCAUAUUGUGAAGAACAUUUCUGAGAGUUAUAAAUUUGCCUUUAGGGACCUGUCAAUAAAUGAUACACAAAAUAAUCAUUUUUCUUCGUUUUUAUUACGCAUAAUUGAAAUGACGCUAGAUGUUUAUUCAAUUACGAGACUUGAUCCUUUGAUUGGAUAUGAAGUACGAUUCACUAUAUUGAAUGGAUUCUUGAAAAGUUUUUCUUCAAACACAUCUAAAUUUAAAAAUAACAUUUUAUUUUUAGAAAAGGAGAUUCAACAUCUGCAGAUGUAUGUAGUUAGUUAA